CUCCACUGUCAAUUUCCAUUCUCCCCACUCCUGCCCCUCAUUGAUGAUUUCCAACGACCACCGCGACCAGUCGGAGCAGUCGAGCGUCGUGUUGAACAACGACGACGUUGAGAAGGGCGCCUCCAAGGACUACCACCACCACCCGGCCCAAACCACUGUACACGAUGCAGUUUUCGGAGAGAUUGCAGAGGGAGAGGGCCCAAACUACCGUGCUGUUGGCCCCAAGGGCGCCUUUGUCCUCCUCACCAAGGUCAACCUCGGCCUUGGUGUCCUCGGCCUCCCCAAGGUGAUGAACGCACUCGGCCUUAUCCCCGGCCUCAUCGUCAUCUUCACCAUCAUGAUCGUCUUCACGUACUGCGCCACCAUGAUUGGCAAGUUCAAGCUGGCUCACCCUGAGGUGUACUCGAUUGCCGACGCUGCCUACGUGUUUGGUGGCCGCUGGGCCAAGGAGUUUUGGUUCUUUGGCCUUACCCUACAAAUGAUCUUCUUCGUCGCUGCUGGUUGCGUCGGCAUCUCGACCGCUCUCAACGCUGUCAGCGGCCACGCCACCUGCACCGCCGUCUUCAUCGCUGUCGGUGGUGUCCUCGCCUUCCUCCUCGGCUCGAUCCGCACGCUCGGCAAGAUCACCUGGAUCGGCUGGGUCGGUCUCGCCUCGCUCCUGAUCGCCAUCUUCAUCGUCACGAUCGCCGUCGGCGUGCAGGACCGCCCGUCCGCUGCCCCUCAGCACGGUCCCUUUGACAAGGAGUUCCGUCUCUUUGGCAAGUCGACCUUUGGCCAGGCAACCUCUGGCGUCAACCAGAUCCUCUUCGCCUACGGCUCGACGCCCAUGUUCUUUGGCGUCGCCUCGGAGAUGAGGGAGCCGCGCCAGUUCACCCGCGCCAUGCAGGGCUCCAUGUACUUCCUCACCGUCAUCUACGUCGUCGUCGGCACUGUCGUGUAUGUCUACUGCGGCAAGUAUGUCGCGUCGCCGUCGCUUGGCUCCGCCGGCCCUCUGCUCAAGAAGAUCUGCUACGGAAUCGCCAUCCCUGGUCUCCUCGCUACCCUGACCCUCUUCACCCACAUGGCCGCCAAGAACAUCUUUGUGCGCGUCCUCGCCGGCAGCAAGCACCUCACCAGCAACAGCAUUGUCCACUGGUCUACGUGGCUCGGCAUCACCGCCGGCUGCGCCAUCAUCGGCUACGUUAUCGCUUCGGCCAUCCCCAUUUUCGACACCCUUCUGUCCUUCAUCGGCGCCUUGGUCGUUCCGUCGCUCUGUGUCAUUCCCUACACUCUCAUGUGGUGGCAUGACAACUAUCGGUACGUCCCCAAGGAGGAGCGUACCGCCAAGCUCCGUUUCUUCGCCUUCGUCAACGUUGUCUGCUUCUUCAUUGGCAUCUACCUCACUGCUGCCGGAGCCUACGGCGCGAUCGACGAGCUUAUCCACACCUCGGUUGACGCCAAGCCUUGGUCGUGCGCCGACAACUCGGGUACCGUCAAGGCGUCGUAAAAGUGCCACCCGGCGAAUGUGUGUAUAUAGUGUGUGAUAUAGGGAUGUAAUGUCUUUUCAAGGGAG